AUGGAUUGUGAGAACGGGACAGAUAUUGAAGAUUUUGUUCUUCUGGACUUUUCUUCUGAGUCUAAAGACCGGUUCCUCUUCUUCUUCCUCUUAUUGCUCAUGUACAGUGCUGGACUUCUGGGCAAUGUUAUAAUGUUCCUUCUCAUCACCUUGGAUGCGCGACUCCAGACCCCCAUGUAUUUCCUGCUCCGUUGCCUUUCAGUCAUUGAUGUUGGCUUCAUCUCAGUCACAAUGCCACAGAUGCUGGUUUGCAUGAUAACUGGUUCCAGAACCAUCCCCUUCUAUUCCUGCCUGGCUCAGUUCUUCUUCCUCUAUGUAUUUGGUGUCACUGAUCUCCUUCUCGUGAGUGUCAUGGCCCUGGAUCGCUAUGUAGCCAUUUGUAAUCCUCUCCACUAUGCCUCAGUGAUGAACCAGAAGGUUUGUGGGCAUUUAGUGGCUGGGUGUUGUAUCAUUUCUACUUUACACUCCAUGCUGCAUGCCGGCCUGCUCCUGCGUCUCAGUUAUAGAGGGAAAAAUCACUUGGCCCAUUACUUUUGUGAUCAUCAACCCUUGCUGCAGCUGUCCUGCUCAGACACCAGUGUCAAUGAGGCAGUCAUCUUUUUUGAAGGUGGAAUCAUCACCUUUGGGCCUUUAGUUUUCAUCAUCCUCACCUACAUUCACAUAGUGGCAACUAUAAUGAAAUUCACUUCUUCGCGGAAACGCAAAGCUUUUUCUACCUGUGGGUCUCAUCUCACUUUGGUGGUUCUUUUUUAUGGGGCCAUCAUUGCUGUCUAUUUCUCACCCACCUCAAAGUAUUCUUCACAGCGAGGGUCAGUUUUUGCUCUGGUGUACACUGUCAUCACCCCAAUGUCCAACCCUUAUAUCUACAGUCUCAGGAAUAAAGAAGUGAAGGGGGCUGUGAGGAAUCUCUUGGGAAAGGGAUCCUUGUUUCCUCCAAACUGA